UUCAAGAACAUUUGAACCCGAAAGAAUUCGCGUAUUUUCUCACGACAAAAUGAGCACUUUUUUCAAAAACUAUUUCAAAUACGCCGCUGUUGGUGCAUUGGCCAUAGGCGGAGUGGCCAUGGGAUGUUAUGCGUACAAGCGCUGGUAUGGCAAGGAGGAAGACGACGCGAGUGAAGAGCAUGAGGAAUGCAAGAGAGACAGUAUUGAAGAUGAUGCCAUCAUCCAUAACCACGAGAAUCGACACGAAACAGACACAGAGGAGACUGUGCAUGACAUCAAUGAUGGCGAUGAUAAGUCACACCCCGACCUCAACGAGGAAGAUGACAAGAAAGUGGAUACAUCUUUUCUUCUUUUAAAAAAGGAGUCAGCUGAAUGCAGAGAGAAUAAGGAAAUAGACAAAAUGCAAGAAAACGAAAAGAAACUAAAAAUAUUUUUGCUAGAAUUCGAUAAGGCAAUGAUGUCGAUGGCAGACAACUUAUUUUGCCAGGGACGAAGCGUUGAGGAACUCCGUCAGGCAGAGACGGAACUGGGUCCUCUGUGGCCGAUGAUUGAGGUUUACCGGGACAUGUUGCCCGACUAAGGGAGUUGGAAACUUCCAGAAAACUUUCUUUUAUUUCUAUUUACCAUCUGAUGAAUCUAACGGAUCGGAUUAUUUAUUACUAGUAAAUUUGUUGAAUUUAUUUGUACUUUCUUGAAUUUGAAUAAAAGAUAUUCGAAUAAUAA